AUGAAUUUAAAAAGGGAUCGCAUUAGAGUAUGCAGCUCGGUUCAAAUAUACAAUGAUCUUAGAAAAAGAAGAGUAAAAGUCAUAGAAGCUAAAUAAAUUUUUUUUCCAAAAAUUGAAGAAUUUUUCAUUUAAUUUCUUUAGUCAAUAAUAUCAGCAUAUAUUGUAACCAAAGGUUAGUUUGUUUACAAGCUAAGAUCUUAUUAUGGAAGAGGAAGAUGUUUUAGUAUUGGAAGGCUUCAAAAUUAAAUUUAAUAGGGCUAUAAGAGGAUUAUUAAUAAUCUUGAAUUUUUUACUUACUUUUCAAAUCAGACCAAGAAAAAUAAUAUAACUUAAUAAUCAAUUUCAAAAUAAUAAAUUCCAUUUCUCCCUCAACUUUAAUUUAUUUUUGAAAAAUUAAGACAGAUUUUCCUAUAAAGCAGGACAGUAUAUCUUUAAUAAAUCCCAUUCUUACUUAAGUUCAAUAAUUAAUUCUACUUAGAGGUUUAAUUUAUUUUAAUGAAGAGAAUGAAUUAUUAUUAUUAAUAUGUCAUUUUUUUUGACUUUCAACGAUUGAAUAUUUUAUUGAAGUUGACAUUCAAUGUUUGUUUGCAUUAAUAGUCUAAGGCUUCUUUUCAUUCGAACAAUUUUGACAAAGAGAGCAAAUACAAAUUCCUUUACUCCUAUUGGAAGCAAACUCCACUUUGUUCAUAUUUAGAUUGA